CCGUUCCGGGACCCAGUGUCCUGCCUCAGGAACAAACCCUGCUCGUUACUCCUGGCCCCCUGUCGGCGGGGCGGAGGGAGCAUCCCGCCUGGGCGGCCGGCCUGGAGCUCGUGGGCGCCGCCCCGCGCACCUGCCGGCCCGCACCUGCCGGAUCUGCAGGCACCUGCCGGCCCAGCACCCGCCCGGCCCGCACCCGGCCCGCACUUCCGUCUCGGCCCCUGCGCCCGCCCUUUGCUCUCCUUCCCCGCCGCUGUGCGCUUCGAGGGCGCGUCUCGGUGCCUUCCUCGCCACACGGUCCCAGCGAGGUCCCUCGGGUCCCCAGGGAGCCGCACCUGGAAGAUGCGCCCAGGGACGACCGGCACUCUGAAGGCUGUGUUCUUCCUCUUCGCGUCCAUAUGCGCCUGGUAUUCUGGGUACCUGCUCGCAGAGCUCAUUCCGGAGGUAUCCCUGUCCAGUGCUGCUUAUAGCAUCCGGAGCAUUGGUGAGAGGCCCGUCCUCAAGGCCCCAGCCCCUAAAAGGCAGAAAUGUGACCACUGGACCCCGUGCCCCUCGGACACCUACGCCUACCGCUUGCUCAGCGGGGGCGGCAGGGACAAGUAUGCCAAAAUCUGCUUUGAAGACGAGCUGCUUAUAGGAGAAAAGACUGGAAAUGUUGGAAGAGGAAUAAAUAUUGCCAUUGUCAACUAUAUGACUGGGAAAGUGACGGCAACACAGUAUUUUGAUAUGUUUGAAGGAGAUAACUCCGGACAGAUGAUAAACUUUAUUCAGAGCGCACCGUCAAAGUCGUUGCUUUUCAUGGUGACCCACGAUGAUGGAGCCAGCAGGUUGAAGGAGGACGCCAAGAAGGUCAUAGAAGGACUCGGAAGUAAACACAUCAGGAACAUACAGUUCAGGUCGAGCUGGGUAUUUCUCACAGCCAAAGACCUUCAACUUCCCAAAGAAAUUCAGAGAGAAAGUAUCAACCACUCUGACAGUGCAAGGAACAGAUACUCUGGCUGGCCUGCAGAGGUACAGAUAGAAGGCUGCAUACCGAAAAAAACAAGCUAACGUUGCGCGACCUUAAUAAAUAGAUUAUGUAUAGACCAA